CGACGAGGCUGCGAAAGUUCCAGCUGAACGUCAUCCCACACUGGCAUGCGUGAUGUGACUGGUCCGUCGAAUUUACUGGCCUUUUAGAAUUUCUCACUCCUUUAAGAGUACUUUGUGGUGCUUGACGAGAAAACGUAUUCUCCCGCCAUCAUCUCCCACGACCGAAGCACAAACAGGAGUCGGCUGCAUCUACUGCUCUCCCGAGAUAGUCUACCUCGAGGUAGUGCUUGCAUUAUGCUCACGAACGCCUCUACAGAGGGCAAGGCGGAGGCCUAUACUGGCGCCGGAGCCAGUGAGCAGCAGAACGCUUCGCAAGCCUACAAGUUCUUCUUCCGGCUUGUAACAGUACCGCCUACCACGAGACCUCUUCGGUUGAGGACCAUUGUUCCCAGUCGCCAUCUCGGCAUCACCAAUCAAGAACGAGCGGACAUCGAGCGAGCGAGACUUGAAGCUGAGCAGGCAGAGAGGCCCGGGAUCAGAUUCGAGGAUCUCGAUGAACCAGAAUGGGUUGGUACGGAUCACGACUACGUGAAGCACUAUGCCAAGGAUCGCUUCCAUUCUGGAGUGUACACCAUGACCACGACGCCGGAAAUUGAUGAAGCUGCCAGAAAGAUUGUGGCUCUGCCAAAAGUUUCCAGGGCUUUUCAGGGCAUCAAUAAUAACGUUGAAAGACUAGACAAAAAUGCUGCACACAUCGUUAACAUCCUCCUCGGGUUGAGCGACUCAGUGCGGAAGCACUUCAACGUGGACCAAAACGACUAUGGCAAAUUCUUUGAAAUGGACGACUGGCCAAUAGAAGUUGUGGGUGGCAGCACCGACAUAUUCUGUAGAGACGCUGAACGAAGAGAUGCUUUCAUUCACUUUCACAGGACAAAGAGAAUGCAUUUGAUGAUGACGAGUACGGAACGGCAAACAUCUUCGUACAGGGUUCAAAGCCACCAGCGAGCUUCUCAGAGAGGGAUUCAGUAUCGCAGUACUGGUCGAAUCUUGUCUCCUUUAUCAAAGUCGGGACAAUGGAUAUGUAUGACUGGCUGGAUAGGAUUAUUCUGCGGUGUCUGUUCCUUGCGGUGAGGCUGAAAGGGGCAUCCUUUAGCGAGCAUUUGGCAAUCAGGCGACAUGUUGGCGCUGACAAUGGCU